GUAAUAAAAAUAUUUUUAGACCUAUGCACAGCUCUUGGGAGGUUCUAUGUUUCGUAAUUUUAUUUACAUACCUAGUUGGAAGAACAUGCGUAGUGUCUUUGUAUGUCGCAUCCAUUAAUGAUCAAAGCAAAAAACCAAAAGCUGUCUUGUUUUCUGUGCCAGCGGAGUGUUAUGGAGUCGAGAUAAAAAGAUUUUUAAUGCAAGUGACGUCUGAUGAAUUAUCAUUUACGGGAUGUAAUUUUUUUACCGUCACUAGGACGUUUAUGCUAACGGUUGCCGGAACUAUAGUCACGUACGAGAUCGUAUUAAUACAAUUGAACAAUGUGGCUAGCGGAGUACCUGACCAAAAUAAUACUAUUAAUAAUUAUUGUUCAAAGCUAUCAUGAUUCAUAGAUUGGCUGGAAAAUGGAACGAAGUUAUUCGCCUCCUUAGUGAUUAAGGAAUAUUAUGCAUAGUUAGAACUUAACCAUUGAAUAGUCUAUGAUUAAAUUUAUAAUAUGCAUGUAAACAUCGGUUAUACUCCUUUAGUUUCAUAACAAAACAAUUCAUGUGUACUUUGCAACAUAAAUAACUAAUCACUAAAAUUCAACGACGGUCGCAAGUUAAAAAAAUUCAUCUUUGUAAGUAGGCUAUUCGUAAUCUGGAAAUACAAAUAAACCAUGGCAGAAAGGAGCAUUACGAAUUUAGACAUUUUAAUAAUGGAACAUUCUUCAAACGAAUGGAUGCGUCAUAAAUACUGUAUUAAUUUUUUUUUUUCAGUAUAGGAUAUAUUUUUCAAGAAAAACAUUGUUGAUUAUACUGAAGUGAAUAUUAAUGAAUUAUGUGGUUAUGAUUAUUACUGUGUAAGUGAACAAUAACUUGAAAUGUUUUACCUACAUAAUUAUUAUUUUAUAGUAUCUCAAAUUAGGUGUUUAUUUUUAGCGAAAUCUGUAAAAAAUGUCUAUUAUAUUAUGCUGUAAACUAAAUAGUAUGGCACAUUGAUUUAAAUAUACAAAAAUUGAGACAUUAAUUGCAUUUUUCUAUAAAAAAAAAAAAUAGAUAAGCGAUUGUUCCGGAUUUUUCUGCUACGUUACUUUUGUCAAUCCAUUACACGAUUUCGUUUUACGAGUGCUGCAGAGAAUCAUGCUUAAGGAGUUUUUUUUUUGUAAGGAGUUAUAUUUAGGCAUUCAUAUGACUGUACAUUUGGACUAACUCGAUGUGUGAGUAGUAAGUUAACAUUAGUGCGUGUGCUUCCGAGAAUCGCUGUCACGCUGUGUCGGGUAACCGGCGCCGGAUGUAACUCUUGCACGCGCACGGACACGUCAAUAUAAUGUGAAAAUGAAAUAUGUUCCUGUUUGCAUAACUAUAAAAACUACUAAAAGUGGUAGUAGAUUAAACAUACUUCUUAAGCUACGAUUGUAAUUUCCAAAAAAAAUGGUAUGAAUUUAUAAGUUUCUGCAGGUUUCUGUAAAAUGAUUUUUAAAAUAUUUUUAUUUUUUUUUAAAACAAUAUUGAU